AUGCAACGAGCAGUUAGAAAGGAUCCCCGAGAAGAUGGUGUUUUUGAAAUAGUGAUGGAUUUUAAGGAGAAGAAUAAUAAGAAAAAGGAGAAAAGGAAAAAAAGCUCGAAACAUGCAAACGAAGGAAGAGGCAGAGGGGGAACGGCGACUCGACUCAAACGUGAUGGACGACGGCGCACAGUGGUGAUUCGUCGUCAAUCGCUGUUGUCAAUGAGAAGCCAAUCAAGCGUUUGCAGGGGGCUUUUGAUUGGCUUCUCAUUGACAACAGCGAUUGAUGACGAAGCCAGCAACAACUACUGUGCGCCGCCGUUCAUCACGUUUGAGGCGCUCGAGUCGCCGUUCCCCCUCUACCUCCUCCUUUUAAUUGGUGAUAAUUAUGAUAUUCAGAGGUCUUACAAGAAAAACCAUCUUCUCGUGGAUCCGCUGCAUGGCUUUCUGAAAAAUUCUCAAGCUGAGGGCCUCGUUCGCCUCGUCGUCGUUGUCGAUAGCUUCUACUAG